UUUUUUUUUUUAACUUUCUUUUCAUCGCGAGAAAUCGAAUUUUUUAUGCUAGUAAUUAAUAACUACUUGUUAUUAAUUAUUAAUAGAUAUACACAUUUAUAAAUAUAUAGAGAUUUUUUUGGAUUGAAGUGAUAAAGUGAAAAAUUUUUUGUUUAAAUAUUAAAUUAAAAUGAAUGAAGAAAGUGGAAAUGAAGGCAGCUCGUCUGUGCCGGAUAUAGUGAUCGCACGUUUAUCAUUUGAUAAGGAUGAUAUUGAUAAGAGUAAUGAUAAUGAAAGUAAUAACGCUACUGAAGAUGAUGCUAAGAGUACAGUAACAAUUACGGAAUUUAAUGUUAAUGAAGAUAACAAUGUUUUGAUAGAUGUCAUAAGUGAUAUUAAGAAUGAUAAUGCCCCUGAAAAAUUGGAAAAUUUAUCAAUGGAAGAGAAGAAGAAGGGAAGGUUGAAAAACUCCUUCAAGGAUCGUUUGUUUAAGAGGAAGAAAACUAAAAGCUUUGGAUCGCAACCUUCCAUAGAUGAAAUUGAACCAGAGUCUACCAACCGAACAGUUACAAACAAGUCUGUUGAUAACGACGAUACAACCGGAGUGUCGUUAUCAAAAUCACCAGCAACAAUAUCAACCCGUUUAUCAGGGUUAGGAAUAUCAGGAUCAUCAGUAGAAUUACCCGACGAAGAAGAGAAUCAAGAAGAAGAAGAAGUACCAGUUAAAAAAAUGAUGAAAAAAAAGAAAGCUUCACUCGUACGGCGAUUGAGUUUAAAUAAAUUUCGUCUGAGUUCGACAGAGCAGAUCCCGGAAGUAAGACAGACACCAGAAGGUGACAGUAGUCGUUCACAAUCAUCACAAGAAUCGCCUAGUCAUGAUUACCAGCCAAGUUAUAAGAGCAAACCUUCAUCAACAUCAUCAUCAGGAACAGGAUCAAUCAGCAAAAAGGGUUACAAGUUUGAUGAAAAAUUGUCUUCAGCAGAUAAACAAAAGGGUAGGGAGAGUAAUAAAUCGACGUCGAUGGAGAGGCGUAGUCCAAGCAAUACGUGGGGGCAGCAAAGAGAGAAGGGAUUAGUUACGACAACGAGUGAACGACGUACAGACGACCCUCGACGACGACAGAAACCAUCUGAAAACUUGUCUACUGACAAAACAGUCACCACUGUUACAACUCUUCUUCAACGAAGAUCGCCGUCUGUUACGAUAAGGACUAGCUUCGUUGACUCGGACCUGCCACCAGUUGGUCAAGAAUCACCAGGUCAACAUCAAACAGUAUCAACACUACCCUACGCACUGUCCAAAUGGCCUGAUGAAAAAUCCGGUCAAACUAAAAAAGGAAAAUUCGUCGGAAAAUCCGAUUCCGAGUCAGCGUUAAAAGAAAUUAGACCUGAUGAAUCAUCGCCAGUGGAAGUAAAACGUAAACUAUCAUUUCUCAAAGAAAAACGUGCGAUAUUUCAACGUAAAUACUUUGAAUCAUCAGAAGUAAAUCACUCUGGCGAAAAUUCAUUGGAUACAGUGAUUGACAAUUCCGGCGAUUCAGUAAAUCUCUCCGAUCCAAAGUGUUCUAUUGACAACAAUGACAACAUAAAAAUAUACGGACUAUCUCGGCACAUUAAUGUCCGUACAUUUGAUUCAUUUUCCACUACUUUCAAAGACUCCAUUGACGAGCAAGAUACUGAUAAUAAUUAUUUAUACAGUAUUGAUAUUUCUGAUAACAAUAAUAAAUUUAUUACGUCAAUAGAGGAUCAAAAUAAUUUAUCAAUGGCUGUUAGUAGUGGAGAUAGCAUUGAUACACAAAGAAGAUUUAGCGGAGAUAGCUCGUCGACGCACAAUAACGCGCCAAGUAGCGGCGUGACUGAAAAACGUGAACAUUUGUACAAAAUACUAGUAAUUGGUGAGCUUGGGGCUGGAAAAACAUCAAUUAUCAAAAGAUAUGUCCAUCAAUUUUUUUCCCAACACUAUCGCGCAACAAUUGGCGUUGACUUUGCACUGAAAGUACUCAACUGGGAUCCAAAUACAAUUAUAAGGCUGCAACUAUGGGACAUCGCCGGCCAAGAGAGAUUUGGAAAUAUGACACGUGUUUAUUACAAGGAAGCCGUCGGUGCCUUUAUUGUAUUUGACGUUACGAGAAGCGCGACACUGGAUGCUGUUGUAAAAUGGAAGCAAGAUUUAGACUCAAAAGUUCAAUUACCCGACGGUUCACCAAUCCCGUGUGUUUUAUUAGCCAACAAAUGCGAUCAAUCUAAAGAAGGACUCGCUAACUCGCCUGGUAAAAUGGACGACUAUUGCAAAGAAAAAAAUUUUGUCGGCUGGUUUGAAACUUCUGCUAAAGAAAACAUAAAUAUCGAAGAAGCUGCGCGUUUUCUCGUCAAUAAGAUCUUGCAAAACGAUCAAAUAAUGAAAGGAAACGGAGCUCAAGAUCAAGUUGACGGUGAAAGAUUUGCAUUAAAUCAGUCACCGACAGGCUCAAAAAAAUCAUGCGCAUGCUGACAAAGUGUAAUUAUUAUUACAAUUCAAUUUAUUAUUAUUAUUAAUAAUAAUAAUAAUAACAACAACAACAACAAUAUUCAAUAUUCCGGCCAAAUUGGGACAUAAAAGUGAACUGUAAGACUGUUCCAUUUGCUAUCAUAUUUUAUAAUUAUGAUAAUUAAUUGUUAAUAUAAUUACGUAGACAAUUAUAAAUAAUAACGUGCAAAUUUAAUAUUUUUUGUACGAUGUUAAAAAAAAAAUUUUAAAAUAACAAACAAGUGCUUGCACUUUAUAUCGAUUAAUUAAUAUUUAAAAAGAAAGUAUCAGUCAACAGUUUUUAUUAUACAUCGAUCGUAUCUAUUUAUGCUGCUUACAUAAUUUAAGUAAACAAUGCAAUUACUGAUAAUGUUUAAUUGUUUACUAAAUUAUAUUUAACCCCGGUUCUGUUUACUUACUGCUUAGAUACUUAACAAAUAAAUUUCCUAGUUAGGUAAUUAACAAGAGACUGUUUAAAUGUCAUAUAUAAAUAUAAAGAGUCCGUCGAUGUUAUCGAUUUUACAGCAAGAACUUGACAAGGAAAUUUAUUUUAAAAAUACGAUUGAUAAAUAUUUGAAUUUGAAAAUUCCGUAUCGUCUGGGAUUUUCUCUAAAAUAUUCUAAAUGUUAAAUAAAGCUCGAGGGUCGAUGCGAUGCUCUGUCACUGAGAAAAAAAAAAUUCCUUUGAAAAAAAAGAAAAUGAUUUUCUUGAGUCAAUAAAUUAUUUGCUUUUUAACUCAGAGAAAUAAGUUCUUAUAUCAAGAAAGUGUUUAAUAGAUUAAAUGUAGCAGUAGGGUAGAGGUAACAUUUGUGGCCACUGCUCCAUUUUUUGACAUUUAAUAUUUUAUUUCAAUUAUUGAAAAAAUAUAAACGAAAAUUUUCAUAACAAUAAUGUGAUAAAAGUAUCGGUACACAUUUUAAAAAUAAAUUAUGACAUUGCGCCUUUUACAAAUUAUUUUAUUAAAAUUUUUAAAGUGUCCAAAACGGUUACCUGACCGUCGAUCCAAAGACAAUUGAUCUUUGCGACGAUUGAUCCGCCGAUAAAAUAUACUCACACACAUAUAAAUAUGAAAAAUUACGCCUUUUUUUCACCAAUUUUGUGUGCGUGUAACAUGAAAAAUAUACUCACACACAAAUUUUUCACAUUUAUGUGUGUGUGAGUAUAUUUUAUUGGCGGAUCAAUCGUCGCAAGGAUCAAUUGUCGGGGAUCAGUUGUCUUUGGAUCAUCGGUCGUGUCACUGUCCAAAACUAGCCUUCAAGUGUCCAAAAACGGCACCUCUACCCUAGAUGUUUUUAGUUUUUGACAAUUUUCAUUUGACCGAUGAAGAGAAAAAGGUGGAAGAAAUUUACGUUUACGGUGUAACUGCAACAAAAAUUGUACUCUUCGUCGACUCUCGGGUCAAAUAUAUAUCGAAUUUGAUUUGGUUGACUCAAAUUUUAGUAAAUUAAGCCAAAAUUAAGUUGAUAUUGACUUGAACGGUUACUAAGUAUGACAACUUUUUUUUCUUUUUGGCUAUUGUCCCUAUUGGGCCGCGUGUCAGUUACUGCUGUGUGUCCGCAGUGUUACAAUUCUACUCAUAACAUCUCUACUCAAGAGAAGUAGCUAAAACUCUACUCACUCACAACUUUACUCAGCCUCAACUCUACUCACAGUUUUUUUUACUCAGGUUUAACUCUACUCAGUUAUAUCUUUACUCAGCUUCAACUACACGGAAAGAUUGGAAACCGACUGGUUACUGUUCUGUACCUGACUCAGUACGAUGCUGAAAGAAAAUGCUCGGUUGUGGUGCAGCACCACAGUGAUUACUAUGCGGGACCUGACCGAGUCAUGUGCGCAUAUCACUCAGUCAGGUUCCGCACAGUAAUCACUGUGGUGCUGCAUCACAACCGAGCAUUUUCUUUCAGCACCGUACUGAUUCGGGUGCAGAACAGCAACCAGUCGGGUUACAAUCUUUCCAUGUAGACUCAGCGAGGACUUUACUCAGCUACAACUCUACUCACGUAUUUUAGCCUAUCGAUAAAAUGGCAAUUCUUUGUGAGUAGAUGAAGCUGCACGGAAAAAAAUUUUUUGUGACUAUAAGAUAAGAUAAAUUCCGGUAACAAAAUUCUACCUUAAGCAUUCGUUGGGAUUACAUUGUUUUUGUAAUGCUAGCAAAUUCUUCGUUGGGCCAAGCAAUGAUUUGUAACUGUAACACAACUAUUGUGUUGCAAUAAAAAAACUGAUUUGUUAAAGUAACAGAAUGAAUUUGUAGCAUUAAAAAAAAUUUUUGUAAUCAUAAGCUAAGAUUACUUACGGUAGCAAAGUCUGGCUUUAAAAUACGACGAUAUUAUUAUAAUAAACGUCAUGUGUUCUCAUAACAAAUUGACUUCUUAAUUACGACACAAA